GUCGUCAUCGGUAAAAGCACGAGGCUAAAACAGCCGUUGCAGUUCUCUCCUGGCUGUAGAAGCGAUCGGUUCGCAGUGAAAAUGCAGCCUCUUUUGAUUAAUUAUCGAACACUUUGCUGCGUCGUUUUCCUAACAAGUUUGGCUGCCGCCUCGUCAGUGUACGAGAAGAAAUGCAACGAUUCGAGAGAGUGCGCUGUGUAUCCAAAUAUGACCCAGGGUCCAGACACGAAUUGGAUACCGUUUUUCUGCAACGAGAAUAAUUUAUGCGUAUGUCCAAACGGAUGGGUGCCGGAAUUGAAUCGGAGCAUUUGCAUCGCUCGAAUAUCAGGUUCAUUGACAUCAGAUACGUGCGCUGCUUACGUCUGGACAAUCAGCCUCCUCAUCUUCACUCUCCUCACCCUCAUCACCUACAGUUUCGUCUCUCUAUUUUCUCGGCGAACUACCGUUGUCCCGAAAUACAACAAUCUUACCGAGUCAAUGAAAAAUUACCGAAAUUUCACCAUCACCGAUGAGUCUUUAGAGAAAUUUUAAAAUUACACCUUAUUAGAUUGAGCUUAUAAAUUUCCAACGCUUUGUACGUGUUUCAAGCCUUCUUCGUUCUGGUCUACCUUCUAUUCUUCUAUUUUUUUUUUUUUUGCCAUUUUGUCAUAGAAAACGAGAGUUUCAUUGAAAAGGCCCCGAGCGAAAGUAUUUAUACAACUUCUCGAUACAAUAGAGACGAUAUAUUUAAAGUGUAUACUGUAAGAG